CUCCUCCCGGGCGGGAUAAUUGAACGGCGCGGCCCGGCCCAGCGUUGGCUGCCCAGGCUCGGCCGAUCGUGGAGCCGCUGCCGUCGCGCCGGUGAGCCCGGAGCCGCCGCGCCUUUGUCCGCCGCCGCCCGCCCCCGCCCGCCGGCCCCAUGGAGCGCGCCGCGCCGCUGCGCCCCGUCCCGCUGCCGCUGCUGCUGCUGCUGCUGCUGCUGCUGGGCGGCCUCUCGCUGCUGGCGGCCCGAGUGGGCGCAGAYGUCCCCAUGGAGGCUUGCUGUGCAGAUGGACAUCGGAUGGCCACUCAGCACCGAGACUGCUCGCUGCCUUACGCCUCGGAGUCUAAGGAGUGCAGGAUGGUCCAGGAGCAGUGCUGCCACAGCCAGCUGGAGGAGCUGCACUGUGCCGCGGGCAUCAACCUGGCCAGCGACCAGGACGCCUGUGUCCCGCCGCGUGGUGACAACGCCAGCCUCGAGGCCAUGUUUAUGAAGAGAUGCUGCCACUGCUGUGUGCUGGGGCGGGUGGCCCAGGCCCGGGCCCAGAGCUGCGAGCCCAGCCUCAUGAUCGGCUACCAGUGUGGGAUGGUGUUCCGGGCAUGCUGUGUCAAGGGACAGGAGACCGCGGACUUCACCCCUGGGGAUCUGGGGGACCUCCAAGACACAGCUAAGGUCUCUGAGGUGGAGGAGGAACAGGAAGACCCCUACCUGAAUGACCGCUGCCGAGGGGGUGGGCCCUGCCAGCAGCAGUGCCGGGACACUGGGGACGAGGUGGUCUGCUCCUGCUUUGUGGGCUACCAGCUGCUGCCUGACGGUGUCUCCUGUGAAGAUGUCAAUGAGUGCAUCACAGGCAGCCACAGCUGCCGUCUGGGAGAAUCCUGCAUCAAUACCGUGGGCUCUUUCCGCUGUCAGCGGGACAGCAGCUGCGGGACUGGCUAUGAGCUCACAGAGGACAAUAACUGCAAAGAUAUUGACGAGUGUGAGAGUGGUAUUCAUAACUGCCCCCCCGAUUUUAUCUGUCAGAAUACUCUGGGAUCCUUCCGCUGCAGACCCAAGCUACAGUGCAAGAGCGGAUUUAUACAGGAUGCUCUAGGCAGCUGUAUUGAUAUCAAUGAGUGUUUAAGUAUCAGUGCCCCGUGCCCUGUCGGGCAGACGUGCAUCAACACAGAGGGCUCUUACACGUGCCAGAAGAACGUGCCCAACUGUGGCCGGGGCUACCACCUCAACGAGGAGGGAACUCGCUGUGUCGACGUGGACGAGUGCUCACUCCCCUCCAUGCCCUGCGGCAAGGAGCACCACUGCGUGAACUCCCUCGGCAGCUUCCGCUGCGAGUGCAAGGCUGGUUACUAUUUUGACGGCAUCAGCAGGACGUGUGUGGACAUCAACGAGUGCCAGCGCUACCCCGGGCGCCUGUGUGGCCACAAGUGUGAGAACACUCCCGGCUCCUACCACUGCAGCUGCUCCGUGGGCUUCCGGCUCUCGGUGGACGGCCGCUCCUGCGAAGAUGUGAACGAGUGUCAGAGCAGUCCCUGCAGCCAGGAGUGUGCCAACGUCUACGGCUCUUACCAGUGCUACUGCCGGCGCGGCUACCAGCUCAGCGACGUGGACGGGGUCACCUGCGAAGACAUCGACGAGUGUGCCCUGCCCACCGGGGGCCACAUCUGCUCCUACCGCUGCAUCAAUGUACCCGGAAGCUUCCAGUGCAGCUGCCCCACGUCCGGUUACAGGCUGGCCCCCAACGGCCGCAACUGCCAAGACAUUGACGAGUGUGUGGCCGGCAUCCACAACUGCUCCAUCAACGAGACCUGCUUCAACAUCCAGGGAGGCUUCCGCUGCCUGGCCUUCGAGUGCCCCGAGAACUACCGCCGCUCCGCAGACACGGUCCGGCAAGAGAAGACGGACACCGUCCGCUGCAUCAAGUCCUGCCGCCCUGCCGACGUCGCUUGUAUGCGGGACCCCGUGCACACCAUCUCCCACACGGUCAUCUCGCUGCCCACCUUCCGCGAGUUCACCCGCCCUGAAGAGAUCAUCUUCCUGCGGACGGUCACGCCGCUGUAUCCUGCCAACCAGGCUGACAUCAUCUUUGACAUAACGGAAGGGAACCUGCGGGACUCCUUCGAUAUCAUCAAACGCUACAUGGACGGCAUGACCGUGGGUGUCGUGCGCCAGGUGCGGCCCAUCGUGGGCCCGUUUCAUGCCGUCCUGAAGCUGGAGAUGAACUACGUGGUCGGGGGUGUGGUCUCCCACCGAAAUGUCGUCAACGUCCACAUCUUUGUCUCUGAGUACUGGUUCUGAGGGCUGGUCCGCAGGGCAGCCGAGGGUGCACCUGCAGCCCAAAUCGCUGCUGCAGUGACCUCUGUGCCUGUCUGACCCCGAAGGCAUUUUUAAAUGUUAUGUGUUGGUUUGUAGCAUUAGGCCAAUAUGUAUUUUGCUGAGCCAGGUGAAUAAGCCCAUCUGAUGUACUCUGGUGUUUAAAUAAUGAGUGUAAUUGCUCAGCUGUUUGGCUGAAGACCUUGCUGAUGUUUUUAAUGCAAGGUUAGAUUUUGUGCCUUUCUCUGCCUGUGGACUGGGCCUUGGUAAGAACUGAGGAAAGACAUCUUUCAAAGGGGCAGCCAGUCCAAAAUCCAAGAGAAGGCCCAAUUACAUGAAAUUUGACAUUUUGGUCCUUUGACACCCAUCAGCUUCUGUGUUCUAAGUUCAUGGCUGCUGAAGAAUAGCACAUAAAUGUACAAUCAUUUCUCCCCAGAAGCAGCCUGAAAGAACGCCGUGGGGACACUUAGGUCAACUGCAGUCCUGUUGAAACAAGGGGAUCUCUUGGUAAAGACACAGGCUGUGGUGUUUGGUGUGGCCCCGAUGUGGUCGCCUGGGGACUGGCUGGGUUUCUCUGUACCCUGCAUCCUUUCUCACAGGUGGGAAAUAAACAGC